AAGUCGAUAUGAUCUCCUCAACCUCAAAUGAUAAAUCACAAAGCUCCAUAAAAAACUGCUGCCAUUUUCCUAAGUGAUAGUUUCUUUUUGGAAAAGGAAUUUGAUGAGACCAAAAGACUAUAUUCCUUCAGCGUCUGACUCUAAUGUGCUUCCUUUUGAGUUUUGUAACUUCCGAUGACUCGACAUGUGGCCAACAAGCUGAACUAGGCACUGCAUCGUAUAGGAACCAACCAUGACACAGGCCUCAUCGGAGUCUUGACAAGCAGACUCCACUCUCUGUCGUAAAUCUCAGCAGUGUGAAGCAAAGGAUCCACACGUUUUCACUCCAGGAUGGCACACGUCACAUGUCUUUUCAACCAGCGCCCGAACGUCAGCUUUAACCCGUCAAACCAAACAGUCAGCAUGAACUCUCCCAGUAUCGUUGCCAUUUCCCUCCACGGCUUGUUCUCUUCCAUUGGCAUCGUGGAAAACCUCCUCAUCCUCGGUGUGGUGGGCUUCCAUGUCCGCCGCUCGGUCAUCAGCGUCUGGAUCCUGAACCUCGCGACCUCCGACCUGCUGGCCACCAGCUCCCUUCCCUUCUUCACCCUCUACAUGGCACGCGGCAACACCUGGACACUGGGCAGGACCUUCUGCCGCAUCUACUCCUCCGUCUUCUUCCUCAACAUGUUCGUCAGUGGCUUCCUGCUGGCGGCCAUUUCCAUGGACCGCUGCCUGGUGGUGCUGAGACCUGUUUGGGCCCAGAACCACAGGGACAUUCGACUCGUGGGAAAGACAUGUGGGGUGAUUUGGGCCUUGGCUGUGGUCUGCACUAUCCCUUUCUACAUAUUCCGUGACACUAUUCACAUUUCCAAAGACAACAUUUUCUGUUACUACAGUUACACUGUGUUUCUCCCAAGUGAGCCGUAUGACCUAAAAGCUUUAUGUAAGCAGCGCAAGGAGGCCUUGGCCUUCAUGAAGCUCUUUGUAGCCUUCCUGAUCCCUCUGUUGAUCAUCAUCCUCAGCUAUGUUACCCUGAAUGCCCACUUGGUGCGCAAAGGCUGCCGACGCCCUUUCCGCUUCGUUCGGCUCGUGGUGGCCGUGGUGGUGAGCUUCGUUCUCUGCUGGGCUCCGUACCACCUCUUUAUCAUCAUGGAGGUGAUGGCUCCCAGUGGGCAUCCCCUGCAGAAAUUCGCAAGUGAUGCCUUGAGAAUCGCUGCGACCAUUGGCUUCCUCAACAGUGUCCUCAACCCCGUUCUGUACGUGUUCAGCUGCCCUGACCUGUGCACUAAGAUCAGACAAUCUCUGGGUGCGGUGAUGGAGAGUGUUCUGGCCGAGGAUCUAGCAGAGCUGGCCCGGCGCCGCAGCACCGCCCACAGCUCCAUCAGCACCACCACCGAGGUUAUGAUGAAGCCGAGGAAAUCCUUUGCGAAAUUGGGUCUGAAAACAGAGGAGCAAGAGCAGGAUGAAAGUAUUGCUAACCCUACUCCUAACUGUUUACUUCCACUGCACUGAGAACCAUUCUUAAUUUUAAAAAUUAGCUUAGGUUUCAGGCCUUUAAUUCCAAAUUUCAAUUGUUUUCUAACUUAAGCUGAUCAUAUUUAAGUAAGAUGUGCCCUGUGUUUUCUGGUCUAGUCCAGUUUACAUUUGCUGUUUCCUACUUAACAAGGGACUUAAUCCAUGUUUGCCUGCUGUCGUCCUUUGACGACAAUGUACAUUACAAGGCAUCACACUCAUCGGUUUAACAACAGAGUUGAAAGUUUUUAUUCACCUCUUUUCCAAGGGCAGUAGAGGAUUUAGUUAGAGUUUCUAUAACGUGUGUGAAUACUCGCAACAAGUUUGUUUUUAUGUUGGAUCUUUUAUACCUGUCAAAUGUAUGAGAACUGCUGUAACAAAAAACAAAAACCAUAUGUUCUUCUCUGAAUGCUUGAUUUGAUGUGUAUCCACAGUAUUGCCUCCGUUUUCUUUUCUCUCUCUCUUGAGGUCUCUCACUAGAUCUUAUCAGUAGCUGUGAGAGCUGGCACAAGCACAUCUUUGAAAAACAAUGUACUCUUGCUGAUUUUCAAAAAAUGAAUCUACAACCUGUCCAAUAUAGAGGAUAGAAGAUGGAUACCUUAAAUUUGACUUCACAUGUCUCUUUCAGUUUCCAUGAUUUUGCUCCUUGCAUAUUUUAUUUCUGCUCCUUUUAAUACUGUUACUUGACAUUUCUAAACAUUAAUAAAGAAACAGAAAAGCA